UGUCGCCCGUCAGUCAGAACAGGAUAGGCAGCCUGCUGGUAUGUGACAGACUCUACCAAGCUGACUCUCAGUAGCAUAGUCUCUUAGUCAGAGAUCAGUAAGGAGGCGAGUCUGCAUUCACAAGUUUUGUGUUCGGCUCGACAUGCCACCUCGAAUGGAUUACUUUUACCACGAAUCCCGAGUCCCUUCCAAUUGCGGGCUGACCCGGGAAGAUGAGCUGGAGCCCGGGGUCAUCAGCUGUAUGCUGGUCGGAGACGGAGCCGUCGGGAAGACCAGCAUGAUUGUCAGCUACACCUCCAAUGGAUACCCGACAGAAUACCAACAGACCGGCUUUGAUGUCUUCUCUGGUCAGGUCCAAGUAGAAGGAUCUCCAGUUAAAGUUCAGCUUCUGGACACUGCUGGACAGGAAGAGUUUGAUGGAUUCAGAGCUCUGUCCUAUGCCCACACGGACGUCUUCCUCCUCUGCUUCAGCAUGGUCAACCCCACCUCGUUUCACAACAUCACCAAGAAGUGGGUUCCGGAGAUCCGGGCUCAUAAUCCGUCCUCGCCCAUCAUUCUUGUUGGGACUCAGUCGGACCUCUUGCUGGACGUGAACGUUCUCAUCAACCUGGACAGAUCUAAUGUCAAACCUAUUCUUAGCUCCCGGGCCCGGAGCAUGGCGGAGAAGAUCAGGGCUACAGACUAUGUAGAGUGUUCGUCACUCACGCAAAAGAACUUGAAGGAGGCGUUUGAUGCGGCCAUCUUUGCUGCCAUUAAAAACAAAACCCGCAAGACUAAGAAGAGGAGGUUUUCUGACAGACGCACUAAAGCUUUCUCAAGGUGCAGCUGGAAGAAGUUCUUCUGCUUCAUCUGAACUCAGAAACAGACUGCUAACCCUGUGGGUUGUGGACUAAACUUCCAUUUAUUUUAAUCAUUUGAUUUUGUUGUCACAGUUCUGAUCUGUGGCAGUUUAGCAUCCUUCCCUGUUAAGUAUUUGGCACAUUUUACUCUGGGAUGCCAAAUGGUGCAAGGGGAAACAAAACAGCUCAGUGAGCAUUGGGAACUAACCCCUGUGGAGGCAGCAGAGAGGAUUGUGGGUCUUGUUUCACACUCCAGCAGACAGUGUUGUUUACAUUAAAUUCAAAUGUUUGAUUGUUACAGGGUGAUAGAAAAAAACCUAUGUUGCAUAUUAAAUCAAAGUGUGUGUAUGCUUUAAUGUGUAUGCAUCCCUGGCGAGCCACUUGAGAGAAGAAGGGCAGUGUAUUGGAACAUAUUAAUGUACAGUCACAGAGAGAAAGCCCAGGCCAUCAUGUAAAUGUUGUGGAUUUGCAUGCUGAGCUUUGCUACCAGCUGCAGCCUUUAAUGUAGGCGAGAGAGAAACAGAAAGUAACCGGGUCUGUGUUUAAACUGAUGGGCGUUAGCCACUUCUCUGUUGUAUUCUUGCUGUCUGGCUACACCAGCCUAUUUAUAUGCGGCAGCUGCGAGUUCAGAUUGCAGUGCGAAGUGCCACAUUGUUACCUGUGUGUGAAAGCUCCCCUGGCUGCUUUGGGCUGUUUUUUUCUCACCUUUCAAGCUAAUCGACAUCGUAUCGCCCCUGACAUUUCUCUUUAAUUGGAAUUGUAUCAACCGAUUUAACAUCUAUGGAAACACAGCAGGAUGAGAGUUGUGACAAAUCAGAAACAAAUGCAUGUCUUAAUUCUCGGAUUGGCAUAGGAACUUUCUAAAAAUUCUCUUGUCCGAGGUGAAAGGUUGCACGGGAGCGGUACCCUUUGGCUUUUUGUCUCUGUCUCCCUUUAAUCUGCAUCUGAAAGCAAGCACUGCAGGGGUCUUGGCUUCCUCCCUGCGGAUCCUCCCACCACCACCGUCAGCCUGGCUUUUUUAAUUUACCCCCUCUUUGUUUACAUGCUCAAUACACUCCUUAUCUCCUCAAUAGCCUAUAGUGUGUACAGAGUUAGAGGACGCUAAACAGCCUCUGCUUGAAUGUAAGUGUAAGGUAAUACACUUUUUCAAAGCCUUGUGUCUGUGAUGUAUGUGCUAAAGAAAAUCAGAUUUAGAUUUUGCACUCCAGUGUGGCGAUAUCUAAUGGCUAUACCAGUGACCAGAGCCAGGGAUAGACUUCACUAUACUUCUUGUGGAAGUUAGCUUAAUAUAUAUGCUAUUCUGUUUGUUAAAACAGGUCAUUUGUCAAAUGUAUGUAUAUGAAAUAUUAGAUAAGACAUGGAUUUUAAAUGCAUUAAUAUACUCCACAUAUGUUUUGUUACAUUUUGUAUAAUCUCGA